GUUGGUCGUGAUCGAGUUGCUCUCUAGUCGUAAGCUAGAGACUUUGAAACAUGUACAAGUCUAUGAGGUUGAUGCUUUUGUUAAAGGGCUGUAUUCAUUUUGGAAAAACAAUGACGGUCAAACAAAGGUGGUGAUCAGUGAGUCGAUCGAGCACCUAUCCUUGAACGUGAUGACCAAAAUUAUUGCUGGGAAGAGGUACUUUGGCAAAGACAGUGAUGAACUCGAUGGAGAGGAAAAGAGGAUUUGGAAGCUUAUAAUGGACAUUCUGUAUGUAUCCGGCACACCAGUUGUUUCUGAUGUAAUUGGUUUUCCAGAGUAGAUUGAUUUUAAGGGGGAAUUGAAAACUAUGAAGAAUAUAGGGAGCCAGUUAGACAAUUUGAUGGCAAGUUGGGUUGAUGAACAUCAUAACAAGAAGCACAAAAGUGACUCACACAACCAGCAAGAGGACUUCAUUGAUGUCCUGCUUUCCAAGCUUGAGGAUAGCUCUAUACUUGGACAUAACCGUGAUACUAUCAUCAAGGCAACAGCACUGACUCUCGUCGUAGGUGGUUCAGACCCCACAGCAAUCAGCUUGACAUGGAUGCUUUCGUUACUACUAAACAACAGACGAACCUUGAUACUAGCCCAAGAAGAGUUAGAUCGAACAGUUGGUCGGCAUAGAUGGGUGGAAGACACUGACAUCAAAAACCUGGUUUACCUCCAAGCCAUUGUCAAAGAAACAUUGCGUCUAUACCCACCAGUUCCACUCUCAGUUCCACAUGUAGCAAUGGAGGACUGCGAAGUCAGCGGCUUUCAGAUACCAAAGGGCACUCACUUGUUUGUGAAUCUGUGGAAGGUUCAUAGGAACCCAAGUGUGUGGCCGGACCCUGAAGUAUUUUCUCCAGAACGAUUUCUUACAAGCCAAGCGAGUGUAGACGCUUCAGGUCAACAUUUUGAGUUUAUGCCUUUUGGGUCUGGGAGAAGAAUGUGCCCAGGUAUCACUUUUGCAUUUCAGGUUAUGCAUUUGACCAUUGCGAGGUUAAUUCAAGGAUUUGAAUUGGCAACACCAGAAGGAUUGGGAAUUACAAUGCCAAGGGCAACUGCACUAGAAGUUCUCUUAACCCCACGUUUAGCCUCUGAGUUGUAUGCACAAUAGGUCUAUAAUAAGGAAGAUAUCCAUUUAUGAGUUGAUUUCUAGAAUCAUAUUUUUAAACUGUCAA